GCCCGCUUCAACCUCGCCUUGAUGAAGCAGUCUUUGGCGACGACCAUCUAUUCAGAGUAAUGUCAUCCAUCGCAAAGGGCAGGCCGACCAGGCGCUCCGCCGCCGCCCGGCCGAGCUAUAUCGAAGAGCCGACGACUGAAGAAGAGGAUCCCGGAAACGUCACCCCCACGCCGUCUCAGCACAAUGAUGAAGACGACGACGGCGAAGCCACGCCCGUUCCAAAGAAGCCCAGAGUUGCCAAGGGUCCUUCGCGCAGGCGAAUCACGACCGAGACGACUACGCCUACAGCCGCGCGCCCUACCCGGAGAUCUCGACGGUCGAGGGUCUCCGUCUCAGAACAGUCGGAGGCGUCGCAACAAACAGAUACGAACGAGGAAGGGGAUAGCGUUGCGACAGUGGAAGAGCCCGAGUCCCCUUCACAGAAGAUGGCAUCGGCCAAGAAAAUAACUAAGCCCUCCGUGUCGCCGCAAUCCCAACCACGAUCGCAGAGGGGCAGCGUGCCCCCGCUCGCCGAUAUUACCGAGUCAGUAAACCAGACGCCACCGCUGAAGACCGAGGACGAUCAAAAGCCCCAAAUUCCCAUGAUCAACCCGAAUGCAACCGUCCUAGAGAAGCCCAUGGAUAUCAUGAUGAAAUCACGCUUGCUUGCUCCCUCAGGUCCCGAGGAGCCAGCUGAACCCAAGAGUCGUCUGAUUAUCACUACACUGGUUUUGAUGAACUUCAAGAGUUACGCAGGAAAGCAGAUCGUCGGGCCCUUCCAUGCCUCCUUCUCCUCGGUUGUAGGACCAAACGGAUCUGGAAAGUCGAACGUUAUUGACGCAUUGCUCUUUGUGUUCGGAUUCCGAGCCAGCAAAAUGCGACAAGGCAAAGUUUCUGCGCUGAUUCACAACUCGGCCAACUUUCCGAACUUGCCUUACUGUGAAGUUGAGGUUCACUUCCAGGAGGUUUUUGAUCUGCCCGCUGGAGGGCAUGAAAUAGUCCCAGAUUCCCAACUGAUCAUCUCUCGAAAGGCGUUUAGAAACAACAGCAGCAAGUACUAUAUGAAUAGCAAAGAGACGAACUUCACCGCCGUGACCACCCUUCUCCGCGACCGGGGUAUCGAUCUGGACCACAAGCGUUUCUUGAUUCUCCAGGGUGAAGUCGAGUCUAUCGCUCAAAUGAAGCCCAAGGCUGGCAAUGAACAUGAAGAUGGGCUCCUGGAGUACCUGGAGGAUAUCAUCGGAACAUCAAAGUACAAGACGCCGAUCGACGAAGCGGCCGCUGAACUUGAGACGCUGAAUGAUGUUUGUGUCGAGAAAAACAACCGUGUCCAGCACGUCGAAAAGGAGAAGAAUGCCUUGGAAGAGAAGAAGAACAAGGCUCUCUCCUUUAUCCGUGACGAAAAUGAGCUGUCUCAGAAGCAGUCCGCACUUUACCAGAUAUACAUCGAUGAGUGUGCUGACAAUAUCCGAGUUACCGAGGAAGCUAUCCUGCAGAUGCAGGAGCUUCUGAACCUUGAGCUAGAGAAGCACGAAGGAAACGAAUCUGGUAUCAAGGAGCUCGAGAAGGCCUACAAGCGCGGCAUGCGGGAAUACGAAAACAUGGAAAGGGAAAUGCAGGCUCUGGCCAAAGAAAUGGCCAAGUACGAUAAGGAAUCUGUGAAAUUUGAAGAGAAAAAGAAGUUCCUUACUGGGAAGCAAAAGAAGCUGGAGAAAGCCAUGCAGACCGCUCGUCUUGCUGCCUCUGAAUGUGAAAGCUUGGUGCAAAAGCAUACGGAUGAUAUCGAAAAGAAGACGAAUGAGACUACACAGCUGGAGAAGGAGAUGAAAGCGGAGGAGGAAGAGCUGUCCUCAAUCCGUGAGAGCCUCAAGGGCAAGACCCAAGGUCUUUCCGAUCAAAUUGCCGCGAGACAGAAGUCCUUGGAGCCUUGGGAUGAAAAGAUUAACAAGAAGCUCUCGGCUGUCGCCGUGGCUCAGAGUCAGCUUGAUAUCAUCCGGGAGAGAAGCAACGCUGGUGCUGUCUUGUUGGAGGAGGCUCAGUCCAAGGUGGCUUCCAUUGAAGAAGCAUUGGCCACAAAAGAAGCCGAUCUUGAGGAACGCAAAGGCCAGAAAUUGACUCUCGAAGAGGAGGUCGCGAAGCUGAAGCACGACCUGAAAAAGUACGCCCACAGAGAGCCCGAAGUCCGGGCCCACGUCUCCAGUGCUCGACAGAAGGCAGAGGAGGCCAGGGCAAGCCUCGCAAGCACUCAAAAUCGUGGCAGCGUCCUUUCUGGACUUAUGCGUCUCAAGGAGUCGGGUCGUAUCGACGGCUUCCAUGGCCGGCUCGGCAACCUCGGAACUAUCGAUGAGAAAUAUGAUGUCGCUAUUUCGACCGCCUGUCCUACCUUGGACAAUAUGGUGGUCGACACUGUCGAGGUCGGUCAGCAGUGCAUUGACUAUUUGCGCAAGAACAACCUCGGCCGAGCCAACUUCAUUCUUCUGGAUCGACUCCCCCGACGGGACUUGUCCUCCAUCAUGACUCCGGAGAAGGUCCCUCGACUGUUUGACCUGGUCAAGCCCAAGGAUCCCAAAUUUGCUCCCGCUUUCUACAGCGUGAUGCAGAACACCUUGGUGGCCAAGGACUUGGAGCAAGCCAAUCGCAUUGCCUAUGGAGCCAGACGGUGGAGGGUUGUGACACUCGACGGUCAACUCAUUGACAUGUCUGGUACUAUGAGUGGUGGUGGUACCCGUGUUGCACGCGGCGGCAUGUCGUCGAAGCAAGUGGCGGAGACGAGCCGCGAGCAAGUGGCUAAGCUCGAAGGGGAUCUGGAAGAGAUGGAGCGGAAGUUCCAGCACUUCCAGGAGAAACAACGGCAGAUGGAGGCGGCGAUCAGGGAACGAUCUGAAGAGAUACCCCGAAUGGAGACCAAGAUCCAGAAGAUCAUGAUCGAAAUUGAGAGUGCCAAUCGGAGUCUCGCGGACGCCCAGCGGCGUGUCAAGGAAUUGAGCGCCGCGCAUAAACCGUCAAAGACCGAUGCCGCCCAAGCUGCGGCUCUUGAGAAACAGAUUGCUUCUCUGGAGGAGGAAAUUGAAGAUCUUCGUGAACAGAAGGGUGGCAUAGAGGAAGAGAUUCAGACUCUCCAGAACAAGAUCAUGGAGGUGGGUGGUGUGAGACUCCGCGGCCAAAAGGCCAAGGUCGAUGGCCUCAAGGAGCAGAUCAGUCUGCUUGCUGAGGAGAUCUCCAAUGCGGAAGUUGGAAAGUCGAAGAACGAAAAGGCGAUUGCCAAACACAAGAAUGCUCGCGGUGACGCAGAAAGGGAGCUGGAGCAUGUGACGGACGAGCUCGAGAAGCUCAAUGAGGAUGUUGCUAACCAGGCUAGCGAUGCAUCCGGGUGGAAACAGAAGGUGGAGGAGGCACAAGAGGCUCUCGACGAGAAGAAAGAGGAACUCGGCAAAGUGAAGGGUGAGUUGGAUGAGAAGGUGGCAGAGUUGAACGAGUCCCGAGCCACCGAGAUCGAGAUGCGCAAUAAGCUUGAAGAGAACCAAAAAGCCCUGUCCGAGAACGAGAAGCGCGGUCGAUACUGGCAAGAGAAGCUAUCCAAGCUCUCUCUGCAGAACGUUAGUGAUUUAGGUGAAGAGCAAGAAGUCACGGAGCUCCAGAUGUUCACCAAGGACGAGCUGUUGGAGAUGAACAAGGAGUCUCUGAAGGCAGCCAUUGCUGCCCUCGAAGAGAAGAGCCAGAAUGCAUCGGUUGAUCUCAGUGUCAUCGAGGAGUACCGUCGCAGAACAACCGAGCAUGAAGCACGUUCAGCCGAUCUCGCCACUGCUCUGGGAUCUCGCGAUAGCGCUAAGGCUCGGCUUGAUGGCCUCCGGUCUGCGCGUCUGAAUGGCUUCAUGGAAGGAUUCGGCAUUAUCUCGCUUCGCCUGAAGGAGAUGUACCAGAUGAUCACUAUGGGAGGUAACGCCGAGCUGGAAUUGGUUGACUCCCUGGACCCCUUCUCUGAAGGUAUUCUGUUCUCUGUCAUGCCCCCGAAGAAGAGCUGGAAGAAUAUUGGCAAUCUCUCCGGUGGUGAAAAGACGCUUUCCAGUUUGGCUCUUGUGUUUGCCCUGCACCACUACAAGCCUACGCCCUUGUAUGUGAUGGACGAAAUCGAUGCUGCCCUGGACUUCCGAAACGUUUCGAUUGUGGCAUCUUAUAUCAAGGAGAGAACCAAGAACGCCCAGUUCAUCGUUAUUUCCUUGCGAAACAACAUGUUCGAACUUGCCUCUCGGCUGGUUGGUGUCUACAAGGUCAACCACAUGACCAAGAGCGUGACGAUCGAGAACAAGGACUACAUCACAGGGCGAUGAAUGAUGUGACCAGCACAUAUGCAUGUAAUGACUUUAUUUUGGGAUGGGUUGGCCGGAAGGGGCGUGGUGUAGGAAUGGAUAUCUGUUCAAUGGUUGUAGGAGAUGAUCUUUUUUGUUUUCCGUCCCAAUAACCUGUUGAUACCGUGGGCUGAAGUUUUGAGAUUCGGUGUUUACUUUUCUAUCUCUGUUGCCUUCAUGUAUGAAUUGGACAUGACUUUUUCUUUCUGUCAAUCACGCUUGAUAGUAUAUAUUCACUUUGGAUAUUCCUGCAUAAAGAGAGAUCAAUC